AUGUUGAGGACAUUGAACGAGCAGUAUGCACUUGCCUGGCUUCAAAUCAGCACCAUCACCCUAUUUACCUUGAUUGGUAGUCUCAUCUACUUGCUAAACUACACCUCAACCCAUCUCAAUGCUUCAAGAUCCCGACUUGAAACUGUUUGUGAUUCUAUUAAUACAUCGUCCGAGCAGAUAUACAAUGCGCCGUCUAUCCUGCUGCAAGCCUCUAUUCACUCAGUCUAUACAGCCAAGGACAAUAUCCAUCGGAAUCUGUCGACAGCUGUCAAUGUGAUUGAAAAUGUGGUUGUGUGGCUGAUAAGCCUAUACAAAUCAACUUACCGCUGCUUAUUGGGUUUAGCCGUUCGCUCCAUCCUCUCAGUUGUUACACAGAUUGCUAGACCCAUUCAGAAAGUGGCCCAAGGUGUCACCUCAUUUCUACAUCUCGAUGAAUCUACUUUGCACACGGCAGGCUGGACUGAAUCUCUCAACACGACACAGCACAAGAUUGAAGCAUGGUUCAAGGAUGACAAUGCCGUGAUUAGAUCGUGGGUUGACACACCGUUCAAUGCCUUGCAAGGUCAAUUAAAUGCUACAUUUGAUGCUUGGCAACCGCCCUUGAUGACAAAUAUCACUACUGCUGUUACCACAGCCAAGUUUCAACAGCAGCCAUGUCAAUCGGAUCAGCUUUUGUCAGCAAUCAAUCAUGUAGAACACGAGCUUACCUAUUUCAUCUACAUCACCUUGGGCGCGCUGGUAGGCCUUGUUGUGGUAUUCACCAUAGUUAACCUGGUGGCCAUCCGUUGUCGCCAUCAUCAAGUGGCACAAGCGCGCUCCCUGUUUUUGAGUCUUUACCAAACGGAUAAGAAUGCUGCUAUACAAGACUUACUGGACAGAUACAUCUGGACCACCUUCACCAUCGUGCUCCCCUGGCAGAAGCGAAAGCAACGGUUACACCAACUGUUUCAUUUCAUGAGUCAUCCCAUCGUAGUCUACUGUCUUGUGGUUGGUGUCGCUGGCGUGUGCAUGACCUAUGGGUUGGCCUGGCUUAUUGAAUCCAAAUCGCAACAGGUAUAUGCUGAAUUCGUCACCAAGCUGCAAGCAUGGACAGUCAAUGCUACAGCAGAAUGGACCAGCACAGCCUCGCACCAGUUUGCAAGCAUCAAUGGGUGGCUAAACGAGACGGAAUCAGACCUGAAUAGCCAUGCCUUUGGUAUCAUCAAGAGCUCCGCACUGACGAUCAACGACACGCUUUCCAAUGUGGUGGAGCAGAUACACACACUAAUUCAAACUGUGUUGGGUGGCACACUCUUGGAAACGCCAGCAAAGGAGUUGACGCAAUGUUUGCUAUUGACUAAAAUAGAGAACAUAGAACAAGGCUUGACUUGGAUAGCUGGACAUAGCUAUGUGCGCUUGACCCGCAUUGAUGUGCCUCAAUUUGACGCUCUGUUGAUGGGACCAGCGAUGCAAAACUCGAUUCAGCAGCACAUCAAUAUGGACGACAGCUUAUUUAUAACAGAACAGCUGAACAGCUUAACGAGCUUUUUUGGCAUGUUGCUUUAUUUGUGGUGCAUUAGUUUGUGCAUUGGCAUAGGAUUUCAAAUCAAAUAUUACUUUUUCGUUGAUAGACAGCAUGUGCUUGUUUAA